AAUUCAUUGUAAAGCUGCCUUGAUUUCUCAUUGGUACUUGUUUCCCUACUUAUAAACUUCCAUAUCCAAAAUCUCAAAUCUGGGGGUCAAUGUUUUAGAUCCAAGUCGUUCUAAUAGGAAGAUCAUGCAUCGAUCAUUUAAUCGAAUGUUCGAACUCCGAUAGCCCAUCUUUUGAUGUAUGAUUUUUCUCCAUGCGCUUCACUGAGCAAUGAGCUUACCAGGGUUCUUCAUUAUAUGCAUGCUCCAUUCCAUAGUUGCCAUCACUUGUGGAGCUCUAAUGGUGUUCUACACCAAGGAAGUCUCGGUUCUCGGCCACGGUCACGAGAUCGCCAGUAAGCUACAAGGCUCGACGCCCCACGAUCAACUCUUGAUCCAAACAUCCGAAUCUUUUUCCGGGUUGCUUUUGUUCACCAUCGGUUUUGUGUUGUUCAUGGUGGCAUUCGUCAAGGACCGGGACUUUCAAAGCUUCUUUGCUAAAGGGUGCGUGUUGCUUCACGUUUCAAUGGCUAUUUGGAGAAUUAAGUUCGAAGGGAAACUUGAAGAUCUCGGCCAUGAAUGGCUUAGGCAAGCUCUUGGGGACAUCAUGUUGGCUCUUUCCUGGGUCUUUCUUCUUGCAUAUUCAUGGAGGGAGAAGUAUGAUUAAAGGGGUUGAAAAAUAAAUUACAAGUUGGAAUUUUGUUUUAUUUC